CGGCCUGGCUCUUACCUCACAGAGGUGCCGCCCCCCUUUCCGCUCACUCAGUCCGCGCAGCGUAUGGAGCCUGCGGCCCGGAUCUCACCCAGGGCCUGUCUCGCCUUAACGGCCUAUCCUGCACCCUGCCUGCUGCGGGAGGGCCUGCCGGAGCUGCGCAAGGGGGGGAGGUCCCCGCAUCUCCUGCGCUAGUGUCAGGCCUCGGGCCCUGUAUUAGGCAGACUCCUCCUGAUACCGCUGCUGCAGCGGGGCCUCCGGGGUCCCCGCACCCGGAGAAUAUGUCGGACCAGACGGGCUUGGCGCUGCAGCAGGCCAUGGACAGAAGUUGCUGGGUGUGUUUUGCCACCGAUGAAGAUGAUCGAACAGCGGAGUGGGUGAGACCUUGCAGGUGUAGAGGCUCUACAAAAUGGGUUCACCAAACUUGUCUACAGCGUUGGGUGGAUGAAAAACAGAGAGGAAACAGUACAGCUCGAGUUGCAUGUCCUCAGUGCAAUGCAGAAUACUUAAUAGUAUUUCCAAAGCUAGGUCCAGUUGUUUAUGUCUUGGACCUUGCAGAUCGGCUGAUCUCAAAAUCAUGUCCAUUUGCUGCAGCAGGAAUAAUGGUGGGCUCGAUCUACUGGACAGCUGUCACCUAUGGAGCUGUGACAGUGAUGCAGGUUGUAGGUCAUAAAGAAGGUCUUGAUGUCAUGGAGAGAGCUGAUCCUUUAUUUCUUUUGAUUGGACUUCCCACCAUCCCAGUCAUGCUGAUACUGGGCAAGAUGAUUCGUUGGGAAGAUUAUGUGCUCAGACUGUGGCGCAAAUAUUCUAACAAAUUGCAAAUUCUGAAUAGUAUAUUUCCAGGAAUUGGAUGUCCUGUUCCUCGUAUUCCAGCUGAGGCCAACCCUCUAGCAGAUCACGUCUCUGCUACUCGUAUUCUGUGUGGAGCUCUUGUCUUUCCAACCAUUGCCACCAUAGUUGGCAAGCUGAUGUUCAGCAGUGUUAAUUCUAAUUUACAAAGGACAAUCCUGGGUGGAAUUGCUUUUGUUGCUAUAAAAGGAGCUUUUAAAGUUUACUUCAAACAACAGCAAUAUUUACGUCAAGCUCACCGCAAAAUUUUAAAUUACCCUGAGCAAGAAGGAGCAUAAGGCUGUGAUCUCCAGCUGUCAUACAAUCUCAUCUACCAGAUUCUCUUGUUGUAUAGAUUCCAUCGUUAUUGCACAGUAGUGGAGACUUGUGAUAAGUUGCUGCUUUCUUUUUUUUUUUUUUUUUUUUUUUCCAAAUAUAAUAAAGCACUUUCUUGUGGCAGGGUAAAAUCCGCUCAGUAAUUACUGAACCUAAGAAUGUGAUUUGUUUUCAUUUUUGUGUAUUUCCUUUGACAGGCAGGCAUCUGAAUCAUACCACAUAUGCUGAA